GCUCAGUGCGCAGCUUACUGCGCAUGUUAUGAGCGCAUGCUAUUACAGUGUUUUGUUUUGCAUUAACUCUUGAACUUCAGUCCAUGUUAAUCUAAAAUGCCACCAAAGGGAAAAGGUGGCAAGGGCGGUAAAGGUUGGUGGUCCAUUAAGCUGUUAUGAACUGUUUCAUCCACAUUAACUAGCCCGUGGGUAGCAAACGACUGUAUUACACACUCCCAUGUGAUGAUGUAGCUAACGUUAGUUCACUAGAUUUAACAUGAUAGUAUUGCUCGCGACAAUAUGAUUUUAUGUUGUGGUUAUUUUUUUUUAAUUGGUUUAACUGCUGCUGUGUUGUCAUGUUGUGUAGGAGCAGCUGCAGCAAGUGCAGACGCUGACAAGAAAGAGAAAGCACCAAAGGGAGGCACUGCUAUGAAGGUUCGACACAUCCUUUGUGAAAAACAUGGAAAAUGCAUGGAGGCAAUGGAGAAACUGAAGGCCGGAGUCCGUUUCAGUGAAGUCGCGUCGCAAUACAGUGAAGACAAAGCGAGACAAGGAGGUGAUCUGGGGUGGAUGACGCGAGGAUCGAUGGUUGGACCUUUCCAGGAUGCAGCGUUUGCCCUCUCUGUCAGUUCAAUGGAUAAACCAGUCUACACAGAUCCUCCUGUCAAGACAAAGUUUGGGUACCACAUCAUCAUGGUGGAGGGGAAAAAGUGACGUGGGGUCGCUGAACACUUUGAAAUGAUGACAUACAAAUUAGACGGUGUGCUAUAUGGUGAAACUGAUUAUUUCCUGAUCUUACUGUUUCAAUGCAAUGUUUGCUUUUUAAUUUACAGAAUGUUUAAGAAUAGAACAAAUUAAAUGAUCUUGUCUUUGUCAAAUGUACACCUCCUUACUGACAAUUCAACCUUAGGGGAAUAUUCUUACAAGCUUAACUUUUACAGUUACAUAAUUCACUGGAUAUCUUUUUUAGAAUGAUAAAGUUGGAGGAAAUCAGACCACAAAUGGCCAAAUAAAUCUAUUUUCACUCAA